CCGAUCUGAUUAACACGAAUGAUUGCUUCAUCUCACCAAAAAUAGUCGUCAUAUAGUAGCAGCAGCUGUAAUUGAUCAAUAAAACUGUUUAAAGCGUUUCAAAAUUGACCAAAUUUAUACAACGAAACAGUCGGAUAUUCAGUAAAGAUUUCAGCAACUGUCGUAUCGGCAGCAGUUGAGCAGAGGAGUCUCAAGAAGACGAUUUUGUAUGCCGUGUUGAGCUUCAUCCCCAAUGACGAAUUCUGCAAGUAAAUCUGUGGAACAGCCGACAACUGCGGCCGUAGCAGAACCGGGUCCUGAUUGGCCAGUUGCAAAGGAAAUUUGGGGAUUAGCAUGGGAGCUACACUGGGUUGGGUUAGGGAUCCUGUUUGGCUUGCUGGCCGUUCAUUCCUUUGUUGCCAUAGUGAUGGUGAAGCAUAGGAAAGGAUUCGCUCGCAAGCCAUUGUUUGUGGCUAUAAAUGUGAUGCUGCUUGUGCUCGGAGUAACCAGAUCCGUGUAUCUGUUGUUAGAUCCUUACGAAUCCAGAGAAAAUGGCGUGCAAGAUCCACAGUGGAUCACACUGCUUCUCUUUGGAAUCGCUUUUCCUUGUUUAACUUCUUCGUUUUGUUUGAUUCAUCUGGCUUUUCUCGAGGUCACGAAGCUGAAGGUCGGUCCAAGCAAGCUGCAGAAUGUGAAAUUCAUUUCUGUUAUCAUUGUAAUCCACUUCAUCAUUGUCUUGGUUGCAGAGACCUCCGCCUCCAUGAAGCCAGAACUGGACCCCCUGUUGAUAGUGUGUCAGUCUUUCUUCAUUCUCUGGGGCUUACUGCUUUCUGGUAGCUUCAUCUACAGUGGAUGCAAGGUUAUCAGGCGGGUGGAAAACGUUCACGAGCAGCUGAAUUCUAUCGAGAAAAACGAGCAACUGCGGAACAAGAAAGUUAAAUCUGGCACGACCAAAGUGGCUAGGAUAACCAUUUGCACGAGUGUCCUGGGAAUUGCUGUUUGCGCAUUGAAUAGCUAUUCCAUGGUGGGCGUCUACGGUUUGUACAGCAAAGUGGUCCAUCCUUCUCCUUGGCCCUGGCUAGCAUUUCAAUCGGGAUUUCGCCUCGUUGAGCUUGCCAUGGCAGGUACGAUAGCCUACAGUGUGAUGCAACGAGAAGGGAGCACGAAGAAAGACAACAUGGUGAGUGCGACCAAGGGAGUGAACAUGUCUUCAAGAAUUAAGUCAUAAAUAGAAUGCGGUCUGUAAUAAUCAUCACCCGAGACUGUGAUGGAGCUGAUGGAGCUAAUGGAGCUGGGUGAACGUAGUUUAAUGAGCGAAAUCACAAAAGUAUUCAAACAUGAGCGACUCUACACACUACCUCUAGCUGCAUGUGUACCACAUUGUAGAAAUAGCGCCGAUCAUUACACCGUACACUCAUAUAAAAAGUUUCCAAUCAUCAAUUGUUUACCCAAAAUGGGUUUGCCAAACACUGCACCGAGUGAACCACGCUAAGAUGCCACUUGAAUUUCCGUAAUAUGUAUGCCAUGACAUGACGUAACAUUUUGACAUUGCUUGGUGAGAAAUUUUACGACGCAGUAUGACUCGACAUUACAGCGCAUUGCAUAGAAAGAUAUCACAGAAAAUUUCUACUUGGACUACCUAAACAAGGGAACUAAUGGGAGUAUAAACCAAGACUUCUACUGGUUAUUACAAGGCUGGCAAAGACUUAAAAAGAUGAAAAGUGAGCAAAAUAGGUGUCUGUUGAAAGCUAACGUACUUCCUUUCCUGGGCUUUUGUUGUUUUUACGUAAAUAGAAGUUAUACCCCGAAGACAAUGAAAGAACGGUGAACUCAUAUUGGGAAGUUAAUUUUUUUUGGUCAACAAUAACACCAACAACAUUAGUUUAACUAUGUGCGUACCCAACAACUGCCGACUAACUGGUCAACGGUGUUGACUUGAAAGCUUAGGGGAGGCAAUUUGCAAGGUAGCGAGUCGUUUUUGCCCCACCACACACUUUUUUGAUCUUUUAUGCUUGCAGGUAGUCUAACACAGGUUUAUAAAACUACCACUAGUUGAAGAACAAAUUUCUGGGCUUUUCAGAAAGGGGCAUCUUGUAAUAGUUAAGUAAUCGUUUUAAGGCUGUUAGUAAAAGAAUUUUAGAACACUCAAGCUCAAAAGUUACCAACUUUCUUACUCUAUCAUGUUCGCAUAUAUAUAACGCUUUCGACACAACUGAUCCUAACGGUAAACAGAACGCAUGUCCUAUGAAGAUUAGCUGACCGUGAGUCUCAGGGGCUCAGUGGUAGAGCGCCGGUCAGAGUGCAGAAUCCCAACGUGGAACCGCAGAAUGUUAUCUUUGACCCACAAUUUGGACAAAACGAAAAAACAUCUCAAAAACUCUCUUUCUCUCUUUCUGUAUCUAUCUUUCUUUUGAAUACUUUCAUUUCAUCUCUUUGUUCCAAACGGAACGUUAUUCAUUUACCAGAAUAACGUUGCUAUGACUGACAAGAAGAAAUGCGUGGGUUAAAAUCUGAGAAUUGGAUUCCAUUUGCUUGAAGGGCACCCAAGAUACAGAUAGCGCUGUCAAUUUGAAGUGCAUACUGGUACUGACAUAAGCGAAAACUAGGAUAUACCGACACUUUACUGAAUUGUUACUGAUUGUUGACUCUUCAUUUAAAAUUAUAUGGAAUGCUUGGUGAAGUGCAAAAAUAUACUUGAGAACACUAA